GAUUUUUUCAUUCUGAUGUAUUUUAGAGAUGAGCCCAAACCGAAAACAGAAAUACCAGAAGAACCGAAAGCCGAAAUAUCCGAAGCAGAGCUGGCAAUGGAGAAAAUGCGGAAAAAGAAAGAAGAAGAAGAAGCUUUUUGGGCGGAGUACAUCGAACAAAGAAAGAAACAACGAGCUAAAGAAGAAGAAGAGCUACGAAAAUUGAAAGAAAGACAAAUUAAAAGAAAAGAGAGAAGGAAAGAGGAAGAAAAGAAGCUACUAGAGCUUAAAAAACAACAAGAAGCUCAGAGGAUCAAAGAAAUGGAAGAGAAGAAAGCCCGAGAAGCUGAAGCAAAGAAAAAACGCUUAGAAGAAGCCGAGAAAAAAAGACAAGCCAUGCAAGAUGCUCUCCAACCGAAAAAAUUCCAAGAACCAGUCACACCGAACUUCAUCAUUACUAAAAGAGCUGAAGACGGCUCUGUUGUUCCAGGAAUUGACAAAUUCCCUAGUUCCUUAUACAUGAAGGCUGAGAUGUCGAAAACGAAGGAGCAGUUAGCGGAAGACAAGAAGAUUGCAUUGGCUUUCCGAGUGAAGCCACUGCAAAUCGAAAACUUGAGUGUGGCGGAAUUGAAGCAGAAAGCUCAGCAACUUUGGGAAGCGAUCGUCAGACUGGAAAGUGAAAAGUAUGAUCUAGAAGAGAGGAGAAAACGCCAAGAGUAUGAUCUGAAAGAAUUAAGUGAAAGGCAGAGACAAAUCAACAGAAGCAAAGCUCUGAAGAAAGGUUUAGAUCCAGAGGCAUUAAGUGGAAAAUAUCCGCCAAAGAUUAGUGUUGCUAGCAAAUAUGAAAGACGUCUCGACAGAAGAAAUUUUGAUGACAAAAAGUCUCUAUUUGAAGGUGGUUAUGUCCAGCAACUGGAAACCAUGACUGUUUCGGAGUGGGAAAAUCGAAUGAAAAGCUUCAAAGAGCGCGGCCCAUCUCGCCUCAUCAAGUGGGACCCCUCCGGACCCAAAAAUAAAGAAAAAACUGAAAACACGGACGCUAUCGAGGAGGAAGAUUUGGGAGAAAAUCCCUACUUGCCUUCGCAAGAGGAAAGUGAACCGCAGCAGGAAAGUAAUGCGAAGAAUGAAGAGGAGGAGGAAGCAGAAGAGGAAGAAGAAGAAGGUGAAGAAGAAGAGGAAGAGGAAGAAGAGGAGGAGGAAGAAGAAGAGGAGGAGGAAGAAGAAGAGGAGGAAGAAGAAUAGUUUCUAGAAAAGGCAUUUUAAAGAAGCAUUAGAUGAAUCUUCCAUCCAUGCAUCCAAGACUGAAUAUUUUCAGCGAUACCAGAAACAGAAAAUAUCUAAUUUUGCUUCUCUACAAAAUCUACAUUCACUGAAUUUGCUCAUUUUGAAUAUCAACUAAAUAUGCUGAAUCGGCAAGCUGUUGGAGUAAUAGAUUAAGAAAACUUUGUUGAUUAUGAAUAAAUUUGUUUAAAACAGAA